UGAGCCUGCCUCUCUCCAAUCAGUGGCUUUCGUCCUCGUGCGUCUCUCCACCUGUGCGUCGCACAGACGCUGCAGCUUUCAUUCCCAGAGUGAGGACCCGAGUCCCCCAGCCUCACACUCAGCCACAGCCACCCAGACAGCCAGGCUGAGAGGCAGUGAGAGAGAGAGAGAGGGAGAGACAGAGAGAGGGAUGGAGGGAGGGAGGAGUCUAGUUAAGGAGCUCUAUCCCCUGACUGUGUCUGCUCUGUGAGUGGUUGAGCAAGAGAGAGAGAGAGAGCGCAUGAGAGAGAAAGAGAAGGAGGGGGGGCAAGUGAGGGCUGAAGAGACUCAGAAUGGAUGGGCAACGAGAAAACCGUGCGAGCGAGAGAGAAAGAGUGAGCGUGUGAAUGCUGAGACUCAGCAGCGAAGACGCACAAAGUCUACAAGCACCACACCAACAAGAGAGCGUGUGAGGCAGAGCUGACCACGGACAACUCUGAAGAGUGACACAGAGGAAAGAGACACAGAGAGAGACAGAGAAGAAGAAGAAGAAGAAGAAGUAGAAGCAGAGGGAGAGAAAGAACGGAGACAGACUACCAGCCUUCCACUGGUUUUGCCCUCUCCACUCCCCAGUCAUGAUCCCUUGGGUCCUUCUGCUCCUGUGGAUCUCCAGACAUGGGGUGGAGGCCAUGUUUUCCCAGCAGCCACAGGACUUGGUGGUGGUGGCAGGCCAGCCCGUGACAUUACCAUGCACCAUCCCCGGUUACCAUGGCGUUGUCCUGUGGAUCAAAGAUGGUCUGGCACUGGGAGUUGGCAGAGACCUCUCUGGCUAUCCUCGUUACACAGUGAUUGGCGACCACGGUUCAGGAGAGCAUCAUUUGCGAAUCCAGCGUGUCGAGCUGAUGGAUGACGCCGUGUUUGAGUGCCAGGCUGUCCAGGCUGCCAUGAGGUCCCGUCCUGCCCGUCUCACUGUGCUGGUUCCCCCAGAGGACCCAGUCAUCAGUGGAGGGCCGGUGGUGAGCCUCAGGGCUGGUGACCCACUCAAUCUCACAUGCCAUGCCGACAACGCCAAGCCAGCAGCCUCAAUCAUUUGGAUCCGCAAUGGAGAGGUCCUUAACGGGGCCAUGUACUCCAAGGUAAGCAUAGAGACCUUGCUCCGGGAUGGUAGGAGAGAGAGCACCGUGAGCACGCUCUAUCUAUCGCCUUCCAACAUCGAGACAGGUCAGCAGAUCAUCUGUAAGGCCUCCAACAAGGCAGUUCCCAAUGGCAAGGAGACUAGUGUCACGAUCGACAUCCAGCAUCUCCCACUUGUCAAUCUCUCAGUGGAGCCUCAGCCUGUUCUGGAGGGCAACCUCGUGAAAUUCCACUGCUCCGCAAAGGCCAACCCUCCUGUCACACUCUACAGGUGGGCCAAAGGAGGGAGUAUAAUCAAGGAGGUCUCCGGCGACACGUAUGAGGUUAUUGUGGACCACUCCUUCUUUACAGAACCUGUUUCCUGCGAGGUUACCAACCCUCUGGGCAGCACCAACAUCAGCCGCAAUGUUGAUGUUUAUUUUGGCCCUCGCAUGGCUGCAGAGCCUCAGUCCUUGCAAGUGGACCUUGGAUCUGAUGCUGUAUUCAACUGCGCUUGGACAGGAAAUCCUUCUCUUACCAUAGUGUGGAUGAAGAGGGGAUCUGGAGUGGUUCUUAGCAACGAGAACCUCCUGACACUGAAAUCUGUGAGACAGGAGGAUGCUGGGAAAUACGUUUGCCGCGCUGUAGUCCCACGUGUGGGAGCGGGGGAGAAGGAGGUUUCUCUCACUGUCAAUGGGCCACCUACUAUCUCCAGCACACAGACUCAGCAAGCUUUACAUGGAGAAAAAGGACAAAUCAAAUGUUUCAUUCGAAGUACACCACCUCCAGACCGCAUUGCUUGGUCAUGGAAGGAAACCGUGUUGGAGUCUGGAACAUCUGGCCGCUACACCGUAGAGACGGUCACCACAGAAGAAGGAGUAAUCUCCACACUCACCAUGAGUAAUAUUGUUCCAGCUGAUUUCCAGACAAUCUACAACUGCACGGCGUGGAACAGUUUUGGCUCUGACACCGAGAUCAUACGCCUUAAGGAACAAGGUGGGAGCCAAGAGUCUCUCCCAGUGGCAGUGAUCAUCGGCAUUGCUGUGGGAGCUUUUGUGGCCCUUAUUGUCCUCAUGGGCACCAUUGGAGCAUUUUGUUGCACCCGCUCCCAGAGAAAGGAAGCGCACCUGGUUAUGCCCUCACUGCCCGUCUCCAUCUGUGCUCACCAGAGAGAACUUGCAAGCAAAAUUAAGACAGAAAAUCUGAAAGGAGUCGUGUCUGCGAAAAAUGACAUCCGGGUGGAGAUUGUACACAAAGACCACAAUGCAGCACGAGAAAACGAAGAACACACCUCCAUGAAACAACUGAUGGUGAGUGUUGAACGAGGAGAGUUCCAGCAGGAAUCUGUUCUCAAGCAGCUGGAGGUAUUACAAGAGGAAGAGAAGGAGUAUCAGCACAUUAAGGACCCUACAAAUGGCUACUACAGUGUUAAUACCUUCAAGGAGCACCACACGCCAACCAUGGCAGGGAAUCAGUCCACUGAGGUGCGGAACCCCACAAACACAGGUACCCUGGGCAAGCAACGAGUACCGACGGGCAUGUCCUUCACUAACAUCUACUCCACUCUGGGAGCAGGUCCCAACCGCCUGUAUGACUACAGCCAACGCUUUGUGCUGGGCAUGGGCAGCAGCUCCAUCGAGCUAUGCGAGCGGGAGUUCCAGCGUGGCUCACUUAGCGACUCCAGCUCCUUUAUCGACACACAGUGUGAUAGCAGCGUCAGCAGCUACAGUAAGCCGGACGGCUACGUGCAGUUCGACAAAGACAGCAAGGCAUCAGCCUCCUCCUCCUCCCACUAUUCCCAGUCCUCUUCGCAGAACUCAGACCUCACACGGCCCCUCCAGAAGCGCAUGCAAACCCAUGUCUGACCACCAGGGAGGGAGGGUGUUUGAACGGGGUGUAACAAGCGGCCAGGAUUGUAAAACUGUGAAAGAAUCAGCUCCCAGGGGCUCCUGAAGUAACUGUGUCACUGUGUGUUUCCUCUGGAUGCCUGGAGACGCCGGGGCUGGCUUUAACACACCGUGUGACUUGUUUAGACUUCUCAAUAUCCCAAAAAGUGGAUCAAGAAGCCUUAUAUUCCUCAUGCUUAGCUCAUCAACCACCUCCUUUUUUAAACCCAUAAUCAGAAUUGUGCCACAGAGAGGUUAUUUGCCAACACAGAGACAACACAAGUUUGGAAUCUGAACAUUCAAUUCUUGGUUUUUACAGUGGGAUUGUUAGAAGAUUGGAUGGCAGGAAUACAAGGCUUUUGUGUGACAAUCAGUUCCCCUGGCAAAGACCAUUUUUGCCUUUUGAAGAUUGUCAUUCAGAAAAACUGAGAUUGUUGUAACAACUGUUGAAGCACUCAGCACGAAAAGCACGAUAAUGAGUGUGAGCCAAUGUCCUGCUGCUCCCCUGUAGUUUGAAGCACAAAAAACGAAUGUGCACGUGUUUUUUUUUUUUGGUUUUUUUUGGGGGGUUUUUUUGUGUUAAAACGAUAACUCCCCCCACCCCACCCCACCCCCCACCUUUCCUUCAAACACUGUAUGUGAAGCUUGGCUUGUUGAAACUCGUCUCCUGUGUAGGUGGAAAACUUUCUCCGUGUGCCCACAGACGUUUUGAGCGUUGAAAAGAACGGCUGUUUUUCUCUCCGCAGCUGUAUCUGGGCCACAAGAGCUGAGCAGAUAAAGAGGGGCUGAGAUCUCAUUUUAAAUCCCUGAAUCAUUAUUUUACUUUGACACUCUGCGAUAAAAGAAUAUCAGUGUAUAUAUGUGACUGCAAUUUCUUUUCUAGCAUCUAAUUUCUGCCUCUGAUUUCCCUCAUGGAGGACUCUAAAUGAGACACGAGUGCCUCUUCUUUUCCAUAUCUUCUUUGCCUUGAGGGUCUGUUUGAACUACGUCAAUACAAACUUUGACUAAGUGAGAUAGACACGCGCUAUCAGCUCUUCUGUUGAUGGGGAAGCUGCAUCUUCUGUUGUGUUAACGCACCAAAUCCCGCUCCAAGGCAUGCGGCAGGAAAGCCCACAAACUGCAACACGUGUUGUGAGUUUCUCCUGCUAACGCCACAGAUCAUCAGCCAUAUACUUGGGGGGUACCUCCUGAAUGAAAUGUAAACAUUAUAUUUUAGCCAAGCUUCUUAUUGUGUGGUUAUCCCAUUGCUGUUGUCAAUAUCACUGUUGACACUGAAGCCUAGUGCAUCCUGACUGUAUACCUACCUGUGAUCAUGCUGGUCAUCAAGGGACAUGACAAGCAAAUUUAGAAAAUGUGUUUUAUUUUGCCAUCUGCUGUUCAUCUUUGGCUACUGUGGAGCUGACGGAUGGCGUCACGCUGAUGCUUUUCAAAGUGCAUCGUUUUGUUCUGUUCUGUUCUCUCCAGCGCUGUAUGUGACAUAUAUGAAAUUGGAUUUAUUAUUUAAUCACUGACACUGUAUUUGUUUUAGUUGAGCUAGUAGAGACAGAGAGUAGUGGUUUCACUUGCAGCUACACAAACACUCGUACUUUACAUAAAAGUUCAAAGUGAGCCUGUUUGUCAGGAGUGUCGUCGUCGUGGUGGAAAUCUGUGUGAGCGGGAGAAUCACCAGGAGUUCAGAUGUCUCGGGCAGAAGGAUUUAUUGUGAGCUUUGGCACCAAGGAGAAAAUGAUGAGCAGUACAAAGCCAGCAUGUGAAUCAGAGUAGUGCUACACCAAUUUACCAAGGAUAUCUCGUCCAGCAGGGCAUAUAAAACCCAGUAUAACGUGUCCUUAUCUAACUAUUGUUAAGUGUGUCUUUUGCCUUUUGUCAUUCUCCACUCAUACUUGUCUGGAACCGUCAAUAAAGCUAUGCUUGUCCCUACAUUCUUGUAUGAAGACCUUGGUUACCGUAGCUACGGAGGAAAAAGUUGGGUCCAUCUAGACUCAGAAGCUGAACAGUGAACCAGUCACUCUCACUAUGAUGUCUUUUUGGCCAUAAGGAAGGAAAAUUCCUUGCAGCAUUGACCACUUGGAAUCCCACUGCAGAUGUGUGCAUAUAGUCUAGACACUGUAAAGUAGUACUUUAUCUUUAUCUUCGCCUGGAUGCUACCACACAUCACAUCGUGUCAAGUUAAAUUCAGACCUUUAAAUCAGAUGUAAACCCAACAAAGUUUGGCGUUAAAGCAAGCUUUGAUGAAUAAGGGCAACCCUUUUACAGCAAACAGAUCAUUUCUGUAACAGCCACAGUUGCAUCAUAUAUUACAUCACAUUUGAUUUAAGCCAUCAAAAGCCUCAUACGUCUGCGGGUUUUCAAAGUCAGCCCCCCCCCCCCCCCCAAUCCUUUAUAGAAUCAGAUUGGUUGUUAUUUGAUCACUUAUUUGAAGGGUAAAGACAAGUUCAUGGAAAAUAACAAGAAACUGCUGUAAAACAGCAGCUUGCAAUGUCACUGUCACUUCUGUUUUGUCAAACCCAACAAAACAUAACAGAGUAUAAAAGGUUGUGAUAUAUAUUAUCUAAUUAGGUUUUUCUGUAUAUUGCAUAGUGCUGUCAACUGGGCUAAAGUAAGCCUGAAACUACGAAAUCUGCCACUCAACCCAAGAAAAACCAAACGAGGCAUUGCUGACAAAAGCAAGUUGUUGUUGUAAGCACUUUACAUAUGAUUAUAUUCAAGGCAUUUGAAUGGGGUUUUCCACUUGAGUGGCAGUGGUUUGGACUCUAAUUUUACAAAUGGAUUGGCGCCCAUUGUACAGCUUAAGACAAAAAGCUCUGUUUCAAUGCUGAUAAUCCAGCUUGGCACUUAGCAGACUGUAUAUAAAUCUCUAAUGCUGUCUUUCUCUGUAUAUAAUUUUUUCCUGGCUUUUCUUUAUUUCUCAGUCAGAUUUCACUAUAUCGGAGCUCAACAAAUCCACGUAGCGUCAAAACUGUACAGACAGACAAUCAUUUUCUCUUUGUUUCCCGUCCAAAAAUGUUAUCAACCCUGCUUGUUUCUCACAAAUUACAUGAAAGGCUUGUGCGAGUAGUUUCUCUACCCCAGAUCUCACGGGGGAAAAACUCACACUCUGCACACUGAGCACAAAGGAGGCUAUAGGAUGAGAAGCUGAGCUUAGCUGGGACAGCUUUGAAGUGAGAGAUGCAGUAUGAGGUUAUUAUACCUUCAGCCCUUCCGAGAGAUGCCCAGAUGCCCAGCAAUAUAUUGCAUUUGGCACCAUGAUGACUGUCAAGUAUGCCUGUGCCAUUUUUUUAAUUUAGUUUCCUUAGCAUUUAUGAGUUCAGGACAAAAUUCUUACCUUGAUAUUGGCAGGAGUCCGUUACAGUGUAGAUGCUACAGUGUGACCUAGUUUGCAUGGGACAAGAUACAGAUUAUUAUUUGCAUAUAUUAUGCAUCAUGUUACAUCCACAGCAUCAGAAUUCAAAAGUUUACCCCCUUUAAAAGUUACCAUAAUGCAGACAUUCAGCAUGUCUCUGCCCUAAAAACAAAACUAUUUGCCUCCUUUUCCAAAGGGUCCAGUUUUCCUUAUCUGAUGCAGCUCCCGCACUGAUCCAAACAUAAUGCAUUUUCCCAGUCCAGAGAAUCUGCACACUGCACAGCAAACAGAUAAAUAUUUGAUAGGCCAGCCUUCUGUCCCAUCUCCCCAUGGCGGCAGCUACAGUGGGCAUGAGAGCACCAGAGGAUGCGAGUGCCAUGUCAGUCUUUGGGAAUCAAAGCCCAUGUGGGGACAAAGUCUGCCCUGCUCACCUGUGGACGCCUCUCCGGCUGGUGCUGGCAGCGCCUGUUUGCCUGGCUACAAGCACCGCACAGAUGCCAGGGCAUAACAGAUGAAUAAACACAAAGACCCGGAACAAUUACAAGGGGUUGCUGCCCUUUCCUGAUAAAACAGAGCAACCCUUUCAGAGCAGAGGAUGCAGGGUAGUCUGUUAUUCAGAGAUGGUAAAGAGUGGCCUGUAGUACACUGGACAAGGAUGUGUUGAAGGUGAGAGACAGAGGUUAUGAGCAAUGUGAAGUGAAGACUAGUUGGUCGGUGUUUGUCAUGGCUUCUCUGCCCACUGGCGACAUUAUAUUUGUUUACUACACAAAACUGUUUGCUUGGUCUGAGUAAACUGGAAAAAAGCGAAUAAAGAAAUGAGCACUGUCCAUAUCUCGCCUAUGUGUGCAAAGGGUGAUUUACAUAAAGCUAUUUGAAGUCUCCCUCAUUGUAUGAUAGGUGUUACUGUCAGCACAGUAGAGAAGGUGCCAUUAGAAACACUGAAUUGGUCAUAAUAACCCUUCUUUGUUACUGUGUAAAUGCUUUCUAUCACUCUGUUUCUCUCUUUCUCUCUCACUUCUUUUCUUUUCUACCAAUCAAUACCUUGUUAGUACUUUAAUAACACACUAAUGUAAGGCCUGGACUAAGUAGUAUUUGCAAAUAAUCCUCAGAGUUUGCUUUAGCUUGCAGGGCACAACGGGAGUCGGUGUGCUUCGGUUUGCAGCAUACAGUGUACAAUAAGUCACAGAAGAUUGAAAGAAUCACUGAAAAGCAUUUGAAAGUCAAAUGAGUACACUUCUCUGUGAUUGGUUGAAUGGUUCUGGACUCCGAAUAAUGCAAACUAGUUUGCAAACACUACAUGAGCCAGGUCUAAAAAAAAAGUACUUAACUUACAUGGUCAUUUGAAGAGUUUGUAUAAAUAGUAAACCAUAAGCAUACAGUAAUUGUAAUGAAAAGACAACAUGUAAAUUCUACUGGGUCAACCACUAUUUUCAUGCAGUGGCCCGCUAAGAAAAAAAAAUAUGAAAAAAGGUUGUAUUUUAACUGUUCUGGUCUGUGAAUCUAUGAUGCUUUUGCUCUGUAUAUUUGGAGAAUAAAAAUGAUGUUUGAGUUUGUG